ACAAAUUUAGCACUGGAAAUGGAAAUCUUCAAAAGUCAAAAUAAAAACAUUGGAAAAGUGGUGACUGGGGAGAGAGACAAUGGAGGGUGGAAACAGAAACCCUGGUUCAUCAAGACGACGUCGUCACGGCCACAAGUUUGCUUCCAAUGAAUCCAAGGUUUCAACUUUUGCUGAAAGGGGCGCUCCUCCUUCUUCUACCAACGCUUCUACCUCUCAUUUCAAUAGCACGCAAGAGGAUGCACAAGCACAAGGAUCUUCCAUAGUUGCAACGUGUCCUUAUAUGUGCCCGGAAAGAGAGAGGAUCCAGCGCGAAAAAUUGCGAGAUUUGGCAGUUUUUGAGAGGCUAAAUGGUAAUCCUGGAAAAUCAUCCCCAGCUCUUGCAGUCAAGAAGUUUUGCAGAACUAUAUCCACCAAAUAUGUUCAAGCAUCUGAUAUGCGGCCUAUUACUGUAUUGGAAGAUACUUUAAAUUACCUUUUGAGCUUGCUGGAAUCUAAAGAGCAUCCAUUUGAAGUAGUUCAUGACUUCAUCUUUGAUAGGACAAGGUCCAUACGGCAAGAUCUUACUAUGCAAAAUAUCGUAAACAAGAAAGCAAUUUACAUGUAUGAGGGAAUGGUCAAAUUCCAUGUUGUAUCACAUUACAAGCUUUGGUGUUCUAUGAAUGAUCCAAACAUUGCAUCAAUGCAUCAUCUCAACAUGGAACAGCUCACAAAGACAUUAACAUCUUUAUUCAAUCUGUAUGAAGCAAAUCGGAAUUCAAAUUAUGUGCAUGAGAAUGAAGCUGAGUUCCACUCAUUAUACGUGCUGCUUCAUCUUGGUUCUUACAGCAAACCAAUGGGGAAACCGCUUUCUUUGUGGUUUAGAAGUGUGUCAACUCUAGUAUUGAAGUCAAAAGAAAUGUGUUUUGCAAGGAGAAUCUUACGAUCUUUCCGACUUGGUAAUUAUAAGGAUUUCUUCUGCACUGCAGCAGCUCAGGCAUCAUAUCUGCAGUUCUGCAUUAUGGAGCCUUUUAUCAAUGAAGUUCGUGCGCUGGCUGUAUCUUGCAUAAAUUUUGGUGGAUACAAACUUCAUCCAUAUCCUCUGUUGGACCUUUCAAAACACCUGAUGAUAAAGGAAUCGGAUCUGGAAUCCUUUUGCAAUUCUUGUGGUCUCGAGACUUGUACAGAUGCAUCUGGAAAUAAGUUACUUCCCACAAAACAAACUACCUUCAGUCAUCCCAAAGGUGGCUUCCAGAGCUAUAGUUUCUUGGGCUUGCAAGAAUUUGAAAGGUAGUUUUUAAGCUUGUAUGUAGAUCGUGUAUGUUUUCAUGUUGGGUUAUUGGAACAAGCAAGAUCCAGGAUGGCCGCAUUAUUUUUCAUCACCAUUCACUAGUUUCUCUUUGUGGUGCUCUUGGAAAACAUGGGACCAAAUUUGUAUUAUACACAGCUAUUUUUGCACGUUUGUGCUUGUGAAUGUGCAUUUGAGUUUAUAUUUGGUACGCUAAAAAUGUGAAACAAUUUAAGCUAUUUGUAAACAAGUGUUACUUCAG